AUGGCGACAAAUAUUUCCCGGGCAUUGCUUCUGUCAGCAACUGCAAACACCGCUACUCCCUUUCUUUACCAAACCCGAACUCUCGGACCGGUAUUGCGAUCAUUCCAGAGACCGUGUACUCCCCUGCUCCAACGAACAUACUCCGCGAGGACUGAUGGCCUUGAUGUCAAUGACGAGACUGACGCCAGCAUAACCACCGAAGAACCUGUUGCCAAAGAUAACGCCAGUCCUGAACCCCACAGAAGCCACCUUCGCAAGCGUGGCUCUUCCGCUCCGCGGCAUUCGGCUUCGGCUUCGGCUUCGCCAGACCAAUUCAAAUCAGUGACUUCGCGGGAGAGAGCAGCGUUCAAUAAACUCUUGACACAAUUGAAUAACGACUCCAAUUCCAACUCCGCUGGAAAAGACGUGGCGACUCCGAGCACGACCGGGCAGAAUGCAAAGCAAAAUGAUGUAGCAGAUUUGAUGAAACUAUUCGGGGGAAUCGUGAAUCUCAACGCGCAACCGGAAACCAAUACUGCAAAGCCUUCGGUAUCAGAAAAAGUCGAGAAAUAUAUACAAAGUCCCGAUGUACUCGAUUCCAACAAUCAGCAAUCCGAGACACCAAUCGAAUCAGACGAGAUCGAGCCCAUAAACGAAGCCAUAUACACCCGUGAAGAACUCGUGGAUCGAGAAAUUUCCAUGAGAGAAGCAGUUGCCCUUGUCGUUCAUCAAGAAACGUAUCGCAUCGAGCGUGCGCUAUUCGAGGCAAUUGAAGGAAACAAAGGCGACAUAGCAGUUUGGGAGGUCUGCAAGACACACAUCUUCUCUAUGCUUCACUACAUGGAAGGACAGACCGAUUCCGCAGAGACAUCGACCACCGCAACAUCAGACAACAGCGUCGUAAUUCCACCGAUGAUCCCGGCCGGCCGGGUCAUUACUACAUUAUAUCCGCGUGCGCUGUUGAUGACCUUCCGCCUCCUCAACACACAUUUCCCCGAAUCACAGCUCAUCAGCCAAUUCCGCGCAAACAUUAAAGCCCAAGGCCGUGCUUCCGCACUACUGGGUGCGUCCCCGGAACUCUACCAUGAGAUCGUUCAUUUCUACUGGAAUGGUUGCCGGGAUCUUCCCGCUGUUAUGUCAUUUUUGCAUGACAUGGAUCUACAUGGGGUUCAGCCUUCGCGAGAGACUCUCGGAUUGCUACGGAGUAUUGAGCAACAGGGUAAAUCUCACUUGAGACUGAGCUCGAGGUCGAGUGGAGAUUCUUGCGAAAGCGGCCAGGGUGGCAGUCCUUUCUGGGAUCUGCCACCGAACCAGAAGGCACUUGGUGAGCUUUGUGGGAAGGGGGGCUGGCUGGAAAGCUACAAGAAGACUAAAAGGCCGGUGACCACUCGACGUGGAAAGCUUUUUUAG